UGGGAAGAAUGCUUCCUCCAUUGGUGGUCAGUGGGAAGAAUGCUUCUUCCUUUGGUGGGCAGUGGGAAGAAUGAUUCUUCCUUUGGUGGUCAGUGGGAAGAAUGCUUCCUCCAUUGGUGGUCAGUGGGAAGAAUGCUUUUUCCUUUGGUGGUCAGUGGGAAGAAUGCUUCCUCCAUUGGUGGUCAGUGGGAAGAAUGCUUCCUCCAUUGGUGGUCAGUGGAAAGAAUGCUCCUUACAUUGGUGGUCAUUGGAAAGAAUGCUCCUUACAUUGGUGGUCAGUGGGAAGAAUGCUUCUUCCAUUGUUGGUCUGUUGGAAGACUGCUUCUUCUAUUAGUGGUCAUUGGGAAGACUGCUUCUUCCAUUGAUGGUUAGUGGGAAGAAUACUCCUCUCUACUAUGUGUCAAUGGUGUCAGUGGUUACUUCUCUGAGCAGACAGAAA